CAGUCGCUCGUCCUGCGCCCAGGCCCGGCCCCCGACGGCUGCACGUUGAGAUGACUUUCCGCUAUCUCCUGAACGUCAGUUUCGAGGGACCCUGCUCCGACAGCAGCGCCGGGAGCUCCAGCGCGGGCGGUGGCGGGGGUGGCGCGGGCGGCGCGGCCGCCUCCGAGGGCCGGGCGGUGGACGGCGUGCGGGUGACCGCAGGCGGUAGCAGCGGCGGCGGCGUGGUGGGCGCGGGCAACGGCGAGGACAACCGGAGCUCCGCUGGGGAGCCGGGGGGCACCGGCGCCGGCGGCGAGGUGAACGGCACGGCGGCCGUCGGGGGGCUGGUGGUGAGUGCGCAGGGCGUGGGCGUGGGCGUCUUCCUGGCCGCCUUCAUCCUCACGGCCGUGGCGGGCAACCUGAUGGUCAUCCUCUCCGUGGCCUGCAACCGCCACCUGCAGACGGUCACAAACUAUUUCAUUGUGAACCUGGCCGUGGCCGACCUGCUGCUGAGCGCCACGGUGCUCCCCUUCUCGGCCACCAUGGAGGUUCUGGGCUUCUGGGCCUUCGGCCGGGCCUUCUGCGACGUGUGGGCCGCCGUGGAUGUGCUGUGCUGCACGGCCUCCAUCCUCAGCCUCUGCACAAUCUCGGUGGACCGGUACGUGGGCGUGCGCCACUCGCUCAAGUACCCAGCCAUCAUGACCGAGCGCAAGGCGGCCGCCAUCCUGGCGCUGCUCUGGGCUGUAGCCCUUGUGGUGUCUGUGGGGCCGCUGCUGGGGUGGAAGGAGCCGGUGCCCCCGGACGAGCGCUUCUGCGGCAUCACGGAGGAGGCGGGAUACGCUGUUUUCUCCUCCCUGUGCUCUUUCUACCUGCCUAUGGCCGUCAUUGUGGUCAUGUACUGCCGCGUGUAUGUGGUAGCGCGAAGCACCACGCGCAGCCUGGAGGCUGGAGUCAAGCGCGAGCGGGGCAAGGCCUCAGAGGUGGUGCUGCGCAUCCACUGUCGCGGUGCAAGCACUGGCUCAGACGGAGCCCACGGUGGGAUGCGCAGCGCCAAGGGCCACACCUUCCGCAGCUCACUGUCGGUGCGUCUGCUCAAGUUCUCCCGUGAGAAGAAGGCGGCCAAGACGCUGGCCAUCGUCGUGGGCGUCUUCGUGCUCUGCUGGUUCCCCUUUUUCUUCGUUCUGCCACUGGGCUCCCUGUUCCCACAGCUGAAGCCCUCAGAGGGCGUCUUCAAGGUUAUCUUCUGGCUGGGCUACUUCAACAGUUGCGUGAACCCGCUCAUCUACCCUUGCUCCAGCCGGGAGUUCAAGCGGGCCUUCCUCCGCCUCCUGCGCUGCCAAUGCCAUCGCAGUCGCCAGCACCACCGCCCCCUCUGGAGCAUCUACGGUCACCACUGGCAAGCCUCGAAUGGUGGCCCGCGCCCUGACUACACUCCUGGCCCAGGCACCGCACCCUCCGGGGCCCUGCUGGCCCUCACCGCGCCCUCAGCCCCCCGCUCCCCAGGCACACGCAAGGCGCCGGCUCCGGUCAUCGGCCGUCGAAAGCCGCCCUGCGCCUUUCGCAAGUGGAGGCUUCUCGGGCCAUUCCGGAAACCCACCACCCCGCUGCAUGCCAGGGUCUCCAGCCUGUCGCAAAAGAAGCACACCAGAGAGGCUGCGUGCGCCCUGCACUUGGAGGUGGAAGCUGUGUGCUUAGGCAUCCGCAGUGAGGCAGCUGAGGGCACCACCUGCCAGGCCUACGAAUUGGCAAACUCUAGCCUUCUCCGUGAGACUGAUAUUUAAGGACCCCUGAGUUAGGCCGAGGAGUGUGCUGGGGGUGGGAGAAGGGUGUGGAGAUGGAGGUUGGCUUUGUUCAAGAGGCCGGUGAGAAUCAAGGACCCAGAAAUUGAUC